AGUUCUACAAUCAUUCAAAUAACAUACAUUUAAAAAACCCUUGGAUUUUCUCUAAAACAUGUUGAUUUCCUUAUGUUUAUGUUUAUCUCUACCCAAGCUCUUCUCAUAUUUUCUCACUCUUUCGAAUAUCAUUCAUAAUUCAUCAAUGGCAACGAUUUUCAUAAGAGAACUCGAAAACCGUUACAUAACCUCAUUAAAAAACUGCUUCAAAAUAACACAACUAAAGAAGAUUCAUGCUCACGUCGUAAAGCUUUCACUUUCACAAAGCAACUUUUUAGUCACAAAAAUGUUGGAUUCAUGCGACAACUUGGGUCACGUGAGUUACGCUACCCUGCUCUUCAAGCAACUCCUUCACCCAAAUAUCUUCACCUACAACGCUAUCAUCAGAACCUACGCUCACAAUCGCCACCAUUCUUCAGCAAUCUCUGUCUUCGUUCAAAUGCUCACACAUUCAACAAAUUCAGUUUUUCCAGACAAAUUCACGUUCCCUUUUGUGAUUAAAUCAUGCACGGGAAUUCUGUGUCACCGGCUUGGUAUGCAGGUUCAUGGGCUAGUUUACAAAUUUGGAGCUGAUUUUCACUGUAUAACCGAGAAUGCGUUGAUUGAUAUGUAUACAAAAUUUGGGGAUUUAACCAAUGCGUGCAAGGUAUUUGAGGAAAUGAGUCAUAGAGAUGUGAUUUCUUGGAAUAGUUUGAUAUUUGGGUAUGUGAAAUUGGGGCAGAUGAAUAGUGCAAGGGAACUGUUUGAUGACAUGCCUGUUAGGACAAUUGUGUCUUGGACGACUAUGAUAACUGGGUAUGGGAGAAUGGGUUGUUAUGGUGAUGCAUUGGAUGUUUUUCGGGAAAUGCAAAUGGUGGGUAUUGAACCGGAUGAGAUUAGUAUUAUAGCUGUUUUGCCAGCAUGUGCACAGCUUGGAGCUCUUGAGGUUGGGAAAUGGAUUCAUAUGUAUGCUGACAAAAAUGGGUUUUUGCGGAAGACUGGUAUAUGCAAUGCGUUGAUUGAAAUGUAUGCCAAGUGUGGUUGCAUUGAUGAAGCUUGGAACUUGUUUGAUCAGUUGGUUGAGAAGGAUGUGAUUUCUUGGAGUACCAUGAUUGGAGGGCUGGCUAAUCAUGGGAAAGGUUAUGAGGCAAUUCAACUCUUUGAAGAAAUGUGUAAGGUGCGAGUAGCUCCUAAUGAGAUAACCUUUCUUGGUGUUUUGCUGGCUUGCUCUCAUACUGGCUUGUGGGAUGAGGGGUUGAAAUAUUUUGAUGUUAUGAGUGCGAGUUAUCAUAUAGAACCAGAAAUUGAGCAUUACGGUUGCCUUAUUGAUCUUCUUGGACGUUCGGGAUGCCUUGGUCAGGCUCUUGACACAAUUUCAAAGAUGCCAAUAAAGCCGGAUUCAAGGAUAUGGAACUCUUUGUUAAGCUCGUGUAGGAUUCAUCGCAAUCUUCAGAUUGCUGUCAUUGCAGUGAAACAACUCAUGGAGCUUGAGCCAGAGGAAUCUGGAAACUAUGUUUUGCUUGCAAACAUGUAUGCAGAACAUGGCAAGUGGGAAGAUGUAUCAAAUAUUAGGAAACUCAUAAGAAACAAGAGGAUAAAGAAAACCCCGGGGAGUAGUUCGAUUGAGGUCAACAAUGUGGUUCAAGAAUUUGUAUCAUCUGAUGACUCAAAGCCAUUUUCACAAGAGGUCUUUUGGAUCCUAGAAGGGCUGGCUUUAAAUCAAACUAGAACUAAUGACUUGAUGGAACCUGUAGAGGAAGAUGCUGAUAAAAGUUCACUGUAAACUGUUACUUUUCUUGUGUACUUCAGCCUUUGGUAGCACUAUAGGCACCUUUGGUUGGGUUUGGAAAUGCUGGGACUGCCAAACCAAAGAAUAUGACGGUAACUAGAAGCAUGAAGGAAUAUCUGAAGCAGCAACGCUGGAGGUUGGCGUGCUUCAACCUCUAGCAUAGAAUGAUGUGAGAAAAUCACGCUGUGUACAGAUCCGAAAUAGAAUUGAUUACAAGUUGAAUUAUUGUGAAAACAAAUAUGAUGAUUGGAAUUUUUAAAAAAAUGGUGCUUUCACAAGUCCAGUGCUAUUGAGCUGGUUGAUUUUGUACUGCAUUUGAUAAUCAGAACCAUAUAGUUCAUUGUUUCUACAAGGCAUUAUAGAGCCUGAGAUAUCUUAUUCUUAGGUAACUGAAUAUGAGUCAUUGACUAGCUGAUUCAUUUCAAUUGAGUAUUGCUAAAUUUAUUCAGUAACAUCUUUUAAAUGUAUCUGGUUGACAACAUGUAGCAGAGGUACAGAAAAAUAUUUUAAUCUGGGAAUUGGGAUCGCGACUAAGAUGGCCUGAAGUAGCUGUCUCAAGGGAGAGCGUAAAUGCAGUGAAGUAGUUGAAUGACUCCCAUUUUAAUGAUUAUUAUGUUGCACAGGCCACAGCUUUGCUUUAUAUGUAUCUACUGCAGUAUUUGUUAUUUAUUGUAGUUGCUCAUUCUUCCCCCCCGUU